GUCAAAACUUAUCUGCGCAUGACUUUAAAAGCAUUGGUAGAAUUUUCUUCAUAAAAAAAUGGAAAAUUCAAUUUUCUCAUACUGAAGAUUAGAUUACUAUUAUGCUUCACGUAGGGUGCAUCUGAAUUUUAGCCCAACAUAGUAUUUAAUUGUCCCUGUUGGGUUUCUGUUAGCGCUUUAAGUUCCACCAUGUUCAUCCUAUUCCUCUUCAGCUUGCUUCUGUCACAGCAUUAUUGUGCUGAAGUUUAUAACAUAUCUUCUUCACAACCAUUAGCACAGGGACAAACCCUCGUCUCCCCUGGCCGCAUUUUUGAAUUGGGCUUCUUUAGUCCCAAUAAUAAUUCUGAUAAUAACAAGUAUGUGGGGAUAUGGCACAAGAACAUACUUCCUCGAAAAGUUGUUUGGGUUGCUAACAGAGAAAAGCCUAUUGCAGCUGCAGACACCUUGGCUAGUUUGGCAAUAAGCAGCAAUGGGAAUCUGGAGCUUGUAGAUGGCAAACAGAAUUCUGUUUGGUCAACCAAUAUGUCAGUGCCAUCUAAUACUUCAGCUGCAAUGCUUUUAGACAGUGGAAACUUUGUUGUCAAAGUCAGUAUAGGAGCAGCUCAUAAAUUGUGGCAGAGCUUUGAUUAUCCAAGUGACACACUUCUACCAAGCAUGCUGCUGGGAUUCGAUAAAAAAUCGGGAAAGAGGAAUGUCUUGACUGCCUGGAAAAGUGAGAGUGAUCCAUCAACUGGGAUGUUCUUGGCUGGACUUACACCACAGGUGCCAUCACAGUUUGUAAUUUGGAUGAAUGGAUCAACUCCCUACUGGAGAACUGGGCCAUGGGAUAAAUCAAAGUUCAUCGGGGUACCGAUGAUGGAUGAUGAAUAUCAAAGUGGAUAUUACCUAGAUGAUAAUGUGCAGCAAGGAAAAAACUAUUUUCAUUAUAAUAUCCCUGACAAAACUGUGGCAUAUAUAGACAUCACUUCAGAAGGUAUGUUGAAGCUUAUGGAUUCCGUAAAUGGAGAGAACUGGAGUCUUCACUGGGCAGCACAAAAGAAUUCAUGUGACAAAUACGGAGUAUGUGGACCUUUUGGGGUUUGUACAGCUUCUGAGUCUCCAACUCCAAUCUGCAAGUGUUUGAAAGGGUUUGUACCUAAGUCACCUGAAGAAUGGAGCAAAGGAAACAGGACAGCAGGGUGUAUGAGGAAAACGAAAUUGUUUUGUGAGAGUAACACUAGCAAGUCAGUCACUUUGAGAGGAAAAGGAGAUGGGUUUUCGAAGAUGGUACAGUUGAAACCACCAGAUUUUCAUGAAUAUAUCACGUCUUCGGAUGCUGUAGAGUGCAAGAUAAAAUGCCUAAAUAAUUGUUCUUGCUUGGCUUAUGCAUAUGUUGAUAAUAUAGGGUGUUUGGCCUGGUCCAAAGACCUUAUUGAUAUACAGGAGUUUUCGUCUGGCGGAGUAGAUCUUUUUAUUCUCCUAGACCAUGCAGAUAUAGAUGAAGGAAAUCGAACGAAGUUAAUUGUCAGCCUCACAGCUAUUGGUUUUAUUAGUAUCUUGGGUGCAAUAGUGUUUGGUUUGUACAGGUUGCGAGCUCACCAAAAGGGAAAAAUCAAAGUAACAACAAAGUUCUUUAAAUUGACUGAUACUACUGAGACUUCAAGAGACACUCUUCAAGAAUAUAUUAGAAACCAAGAUCCAUCGGAGCUAUUCAUCUAUAAUUUUGAUAGCAUAUUAACCGCUACGAACAAUUUCAGCAUCUCAAACAAACUCGGGGAAGGCGGAUUUGGUCCAGUUUACAAGGGUAUGCUACAAGAAGGGAAGGAAAUAGCGGUAAAAAGACUAUCUAGUAGCUCAGGGCAAGGCAUAGAAGAGUUCAAAAAUGAGACGUUGUUGAUCUCCAAGCUCCAACAUAAAAAUCUUGCUAGGAUCAUGGGCUGCUGUGUCAAAGAAGAUGAGAAGUUACUGAUUUAUGAGUUCAUGCCAAACAGAAGCUUAGACACUCAUCUAUUUGAUCCAGCGCGGAGACCUGAGCUUGAUUGGGGCAGACGCUUCAAUAUUAUUCAGGGUGUUGCUAGAGGGCUUCUUUAUCUCCACCACGACUCCUAUUUGAAGGUAAUACAUAGAGACUUGAAGGUCAGUAACAUUCUCCUGGAUGAGAACAUGAACCCAAAAAUUUCAGAUUUUGGAUUGGCACGUAUCGUUCAAGGGACACAGAAUCUAACAAAUACUCAGAAGGUUGUGGGAACACUUGGCUAUAUGUCUCCGGAGUAUGCCAUGGGCGGGAUAUUUUCUGAAAAGUCUGAUGUCUAUAGCUUCGGGGUCUUGAUAUUGGAGAUUAUCAGUGGCAGGAAGAACACCAGCUUCUAUUACUGUGAACAACAUCUAGGUUUCCUAGGUUAUGCAUGGCACUCAUGGAAUGAAGGCAGGGGAUUGGAGUUGGUUGAUGAAACAUUGGUAGAUUCAUAUUCCUCAUCAGAAGUGAUGAGAUGUAUGCACAUUGGGCUUCUUUGUAUACAAGACAAUGCUGCAGAUAGGCCAACCAUGCCAGAUGUAGUUUUCAUGCUAAGUAGCGAGACAGAUCGUCGACAACCAAAGGAGCCAAUAUUUACCUUCCAAAACCCAGUCUCUAGUCCUCAACCACAGUCUGAAAAUAUUUUCUCAGCAAAUGAAGCUACCAUGUCAAUGAUCCAAGGACGAUAAGCAAUAUCAAAUUUUUGCAUCUAGUGACCUUUGGCCAUUCUGUAUGGAAGUUUUCCGUUUGGUUUAGAAAACAACCCCUGUUUUGUUUUUCUAUUUUUUCUUGGGAAUUGGUAUAGUGAAUGAAGGUUUUCCCUUCAUGUAUACUUCGUUUCUCCUUCGCCAAGAAACUGAUUAUUCCAUUUAAUAUUCAAGGUCCAUUUAAUUAGAUUUGAAAAUUUGAAAAA